CUUUGAACGUCGACGCACGUCUCCCUCUGACGUCGAAUCUAUUUCGGGCACCCCAGUCUCACACUGAUGCUGGUCCAACACUCGGAAAUCCUUUGUCUUAUUUAAAGUAUAUCGGUCAAUACCUUAAUCAAUUACAAGCGUUGUUUAUAAAAGUGUUCCAAAAUGGGAAAUAUUCUCAGUGGUGCGACUAACCAGGCUUCGAGCUCACGCGAAGCUUUAUCGAGUGAAAGUGAAACAAUGGAAAGCAAAAGUGACAUUGACGACGCUAACACCAGCGAUAACUCUGACGAACAAUAUCACGAUACCGUCAGCGAUGAUGAAGAAGCGCGAGCGAGAUCGAAAGAAGAAGAAAUGCUAGAGUUUAGAAGACAGCUAGAUAUUAAGCGCGAACAAAGAAAGGAGAUACUUGCGCGGCACAAAUCAGAUAAGAAAACUUUGGAAGAUGCAUUGAAAGAAGAGAGGAAAGCUAAACUACAACUUUAUGAACAAAAUAGGCAUUUUCGUGAUUUACUUGUUAGGAAUAAUAUAGACGUUCCUGAAAUUCCCCAUGAAACGGAGGAAAACGCUCUAUUCAAAGAAGCUCUAGAUCAAUUGACCAAAGAAAUGGAAAAUCAAAAAGCUAAUAAUAAUAGAUUAAGGUGCGAUCUUGCUAAUUCUAAUGCUGCUCUACAAUCCGCAUAUUCGGAUAUGGCUGACUUGAGCGCUCAAAAUGCAGAAUCAAUGAAGCAAAUACACGCAUUGAAAGAGGUGAUAACUGUUAGUAAAACAAUGAUUUCCCUACGUGAAGAUCAACUGACUGAAUUGAAAAAUAAAUUGACGGAAAUAGAGCAGUCCCUAGCUGAUAGAGAAGCUAAUAUGCUAUCAACAGACCUGCGACAAGAAUAUGAACGUCAAUUACAAAAUAUAAGAACCCUUAGAGGAUUGUAUGAGGAAAGAGCGCGAUUAGCAGAAGUAACAAGACAGGCUCUUGUAAGAGAUCUUGAUGAACAGAAAGCCUUAUACGAAGCAGAACAUGCAAGAUGCAAUGAUCUAAAUACCGAACUUGAAGAAAUGAAGACCAAGAUUGUAGGACUUGAAGAAACCGUGGAAGAUAAAAAUAACGAAAUAUUUACAUGCAAACAAGAAAUGGAUGGAAUCAAAUCUGAAAUGGCAGUUAUACACAAGCUCUUUUCACAAGUGUUACUUGGUUACAAAACAAAACGAGACCUAGACAAGCUUGUAAAACUACUUGAAGAGAAUCAUGGCAUUUUAACACACAUGGCUGAACAGGAAAGCGGCUCUCAAGUCUCAUCAGCAUUGCCAAAAUUGCUUUUAGAAUUAGUCAAUCAAGUGGAUGAUAGUAAUAAAGAAACUAUUGAGGACAAUCUUCAAACAACAACGAAUGACGAAUCAGCUAAUGGCGAGCAAGGAAAUUAUAGGGCAGAAGAAAUAGUUCAAAAUCUGCCAAAAGUUUGGAGAGUUUUAAUAGAACUCCUCAGCCAUCAAUCUGACUCAAACGCAAACGAAACAGAAGAAAAAGUAACAACAUGUUACAAAACCGUUGAAACAAAAUCGGGCUCGGUACAAGUGCCCAGUGUUAGUCAAACCUAUAUAAGAUUAAAGGAUUUGAUAAUUGAGAAACUGAGCUUAAUAAAGGAAGUAAAUCGUAUGAAGCAACUUAACACACAUUUAGAAACUCGGCUUCAGGAACAAGAACGGCGACUUUGUUUAGUUACCACCGAAUUAAGCAAAACGUGGCAUGUUGUUGGUAGAUUACGUAAACAUCAUCAUCAACUGCAUACACAUGAAAAAAUACUUAAAUAUGAAUUACAACAGAAAAGGAAACUUUUGAAUGAAUUAAAAGAAGAGCUUGAAUACUGUCGGGAAAAACUCGAACAAGCAAGAGAGAAGAAUACUCAAUCUGAAAAAGAUUGGAAAGAGUUAAGAGCAGAAUUUUCUAGUAGGAAAUUAAAGGAUACCACUUCGUUAAACAAUUCUGCGGAGAGUGGCUACAGCGAUGAAAAACCAACUGAUGAAUCUUCAGAGUCUAAUGAUGAAAGCGAAUAUAUUGCAGAGUCAAAAUUAAAAUGUAAGAAGAAAUUUAAAAAAUCAUUUGAAACUGUCGUCGAUUCAAGUGCCGAUUUCAAUUUAGCUGCUGAAAGAGAUGAUCCUGUUAGUGAUAUGAUAGAUGUAGCCGAUCUUUCUCUCGACACACAAGACGAAAACCAAGAGAUACUAGACGACUCAUGUAGCAGCGAAAAUCUACUAAAAAGUGACAAAAUUUGUUAUGAAACUGAAGACGAAGCUGCCGACAUCGUUAUCGACUCAUGCCAUGAAGAAAGCUCAGCCGCGGAAACUAAUACAGAAUACGAUAAAGCCAGAGAAAUUGAUAUCAAACCAGAUGCUGCUACCACGUGUAAUAUUAGUGAUAGUGAUCUACGUGAAAAAUGUUUACCGAGCUCUCUAUCAGACUCACAACAUCCAUCUGUUUCUUUAAUUGAUCCUGCGACAAUUUUGGAAAAUAUAAAAAAACAAAACGAAAGGUUAGCUGAAAAGGACAGGAAAUUAAAUAAUUUAGAAAAAAAUAGCUCUGAACUAAUGGACAAAGCCAAUAAACUAUCGAAAUUUAGUAAUGACAUAAAUAGCACACUCGAUAAUCUUCUAAAUAAGCCGACAUCAAGUGGAAAAGGGAACAGAAUUCAUAAGGAAAACGAGCACUUAAAUAAGGAUGAGGGGACUGAAAAUGUUAAUUCAUUGCAAACUGAUGUUGUUCAAUCUGUUUGUGGAGCACUAGAAACUAAUUCAAGCGCAGGCCCUUCUCUAAACAAUACUGAUCUUACAGAAAACUCAGAAAAUAAGUUUAAACAAAUACUGGAAAAUGUCAAAAAACAAGAUGAACAUUUGAAACACAAAGAUGAGAAAUUGGACAAACUGCAAAGCGAAUGCUCAGAAGUUGUAACGAGUAUAUCAAAUGCCAUAAACAAAGGACAGCAGUUAAAUGAACGAUUAAGCGCACUUCAUACGAAAUUUUAUAAAAAUUCAGACGACGACAAAGGCAUUCAGAAUGGUGAAUCUCAACAAUCAAAUUCUUUCGAAAAAACAGAUGUUGACGUGACUGAAACUGAAUUGCAUAAUCAAGCAGUAGAAAAUGUAGACAUGAAUAUGAACAACAAAUGUGAUGAUAAUGUCACUGUAGUUGAUAAUAAAAAUGACCAAUCUGCAUCAAAUGAAGUAUCUCAAAAGGAAACUGUUGCCUCUAACAGCAUAUAUAACCAGGCAGAAGCAUCGACCUCAAAUGAAAUAGACCACGAAGCCAGAUUUGCAGCCAGAGAUAUACGAUUAAAACGAUUAGAAGAACAAACGAAGUCACUUGUUAGUAAAGUUAACAAAACGGCAACGAAAGGCGUAAAAAUUAAUUACAAACUAGAAGAGUUGCAUAACAUUUAUGGAUCCGAUCAAUCUCGAUCUGGAACACCUUCGGAAGAUACGGGUGACAACUCACAAAGUAACGACGAUGAAAAAGAAAACGAAACAAAAUAAUAUUCGAUAUACAGAAUAUAAUUAAAUAAAAUUAUGUUAUAUUAUAAUCUAAAUGUGUGUGAAAAAUAAACAAAACUACAGUUUCAUACAGUGUU